UGGGGAGAGGAUCGUAAUAAUAACUGGAGCCAAACGGUGUAAAAAUGCCGGUAAAGCUUGAUCCCCCACCUCCUGCCAAUUCUAAACAACCAGGUGUUACAACCACUCUCCUGUAUAACGGAUCCAGAUUCCAGGGGCACCAGAAAAGCAAAGGAAACUGUUAUGAUGUCGAAGUUAUUUUGCAGAAUGUAGAUUUAGAAAAUUCAUAUCUGUGUGGAUACCUGAAGAUUAAAGGUUUAACAGAGGAGUACCCAACACUGACAACAUUUUUUGAUGGUGAAAUUAUCAGCAAAAAACAUCCAUUUCUGACGAGAAAAUGGGAGGCUGACGAAGAUGUCGAUAGAAAGCACUGGGGAAAGUUUUUGUCCUUUUUCCAGUUUGCUAAAACCUUUAAUUCUGACAGCUUUGACUAUGAUAACCUGACUAAUGCAGACUUUGUGUUUAUGAGGUGGAAGGAACAUUUUCUUGUACCAGAUCAUACAAUAAAGAACAUAAAUGGUGCAUCAUUUGCUGGGUUUUACUACAUCUGCUUCCAGAAAUCCACCACCACCAUUGAAGGUUAUUACUACCACAGAACCUCAGAAUGGUUUCAGUCCCUGAAUUUGUCGCAUGUUCCAGAUCACAGUAUACCUGUCUACCAGUUCCGGUAGCAGAAUUUAACAUACAGUUUACCAGUCAACUAGUUCAGUUUUGUAUAAUUUGGUCACUGACAGUUUGCCUGGGACGGCUUUUGGGCUAUUCAUACAGAGUCUCACUUUAGAGGUGACAGUUUGUCAAUGGAAAAUAGUGUAGUUAACUGAUAGCGACACUAUUGUUUGUACACAACGUUGAAAGAGGGUGCGGCUGAGAAAAAAAGUGUCUUUCAAUUAAAGAAGAGCAAGCCUUUAAGUUUUUUUAGCAUAAUGAUUUUUUAUAACAGUUACAUGUAUAUUAAGGAGAAAAUGUUUUUGUUUAUAUAUUUUUUCAUGCUGUCAUGAUAUUGUCAAUAAAAUCUGUUAUGAAAGCA